AUGCUCGCUCGCGCCACCGCCACCGUCGUCCCCGCGCGCGCGCGCGCGACGCGCACAGAGACCCGCGGCGCGCGACACGUCACGCGCGCGGUCGAUCCGUCGUCCCGUCGGGAGUUCGUGCGCCUGAUCGCGGGUACCGCGAGUGUGUUGGCGAGCAAACCCGCGUUUGCCGCGUACGGUGAUUCCGCGAACGUUUGGGGCGGUGUCACGAACCCGACCGGUUUCGUCCCGUACGCGGGCGAUGGAUACGCGUUCUUGCUCCCGGCGAAGUACAACCCGUCCAAGGAGCGCCCGUUCCCGAACCAAGACGCGUACUGGGAGGAUAACUUUGACGCGGUGACGAACAUCUCCGUCAUCGUCGAAAAGGCCUCGAAGAGCAAGAUCUCGGACUACGGCAAGCCGGAGGCGUUCUUGGAACAAGUCUCGUACUUGCUCGGUAAGCAGUCGUACACCGGCGAAACGCGAUCCGAAGGUGGGUUCGCGGCGAACAAGGUUUCCACCGCCGCCGUGCUCGAAGUCGGUUCCCGCGAGAACAAGGGCAAGCAAUACUACGAGUAUGAAAUCCUCACGCGCACCGCGGAUGGCGACGAAGGCGGACGCCACCAAUUGAUCUCCGCCACCGUGAGCGACGGCAACUUGUACAUCAUGAAGCUUCAAUCCGGUGACAAGCGUUGGUUCAAGGGUCAAGAGCGCGACUUGCGCACGGCGCGCGAAUCCUUCACCGUCGCGUAA